AUGAGCCGACGUGGAUCUAAAGCGAGUUGUGAUUCUCUUAAUGCAGGAUUGGCUGUAGAUGAUAUAAUAGAUCGUCUAGUGUCAACAGAAUAUAAUGAACAAGAUGAAAACAUUGUGCCUAUCUUUUUAACAUUUUUCAGAAGGUUUAUGAAACCUUGCGAACUUAUUGAUCAACUAGUUGAAAGAUUCAAACAUGAUGGAUUUUCAUCCUCACCAACAGCUCAACAGAAAAGAAUCUACAAUAUUUUAUUACUAUGGCUAUCUCAUCAUUGGAAUGAUUUUUAUGCCCCAAGAGCAAGAAGAUUAAUGGUUCUCUUUUUGGAUCACAUAUCCAAACACGAAUCAUAUACGCCCAUAUGCGACUCAUUAGCACCUUUAGUCAUACGUGAACCACCCUCGACUGACCCCGACAGUUGCUGGGGCCUGGUGGAUGAGGAGCAGCCGGUAUUUUCGAAUAAAAAAGACAGUGGAUACGUCUCAGGCACAUUUCAUCUUUUACUACAACAGACACCCCCACAGUCACCUAGAGAGGAUAGUGUCCCCAGGUUACCUAGACAACGUUACGUGUCACAUUCUGAGUCUGAGGGAUAUCGCCGUGCCGAGUUUGCAGGUGGUAUGAUCAACAUUGACGCAAGUAAUACACCUUAUGCUCCAUCCACAUUGACAAAUGCAAGUAACUGGACGUCAUAUAUUAGUAUCAUGAAUAAUUUUCGUAAACAAGAUCAGCUCAACCUGAAGACGAUCAUGGGAACUAGUGAUAACCACAUUGCCAAGCAGUUGACUUGGAUAGAAUCACAGCUCUUUUCGCGUAUCCAGCCUCGUGAAUUUUUACGUUACAUCGUGUCCAAUCAGUCAUCAUCAAACAGUAGCAUGAUACUUGCAUCUAUCGCCCAUUUUAAUUUCAUCUCUUCUUGGGUGGCAACAUUAAUCAUCAGUCAGUCAAGAGCAAGUAAACGAGCAAACGUCUUUCUCAAGUUUAUAUCUAUCGCGGUCGAGCUUCGUAAUAUGAAUAACUAUAAUUCACUUAUGGCUGUCUUGGCAGGGAUGAACAACGCAGCCAUAUUAAGGCUAAAGCAGACACGUCAAAUUGCAGCCACCAAAAAGAUUUACAAACAAUUUCUAAGCCUAGAACGUUUAAUGAGCACAGAUAAAUCAUUUUGCGCGUACCGCAUGGCACUCAGGGCCAGCAAGGGGUCCGGUAUUCCCUAUUUGGGUAUUCAUACUCAGGACCUUGUUUCCCUUGCCGAAGCAAACAAAGAUUUUCGAUCGGAUGGUACAGUUCAUUGGGAUAAAUAUAGACUGAUGGGUGAGACGAUCAUGUCUAUUAUAAAAUUCAAACAUCCAGGGUACACGAUUGAUCCAGAUCUACCUCUACUUUUAUCUAUAGCAGAUUGUCCUAUCUUAUCUGAAGAUGAGCUGUACAAGAAAUCAAUACUAGUAGAGCCAAAAGCCAACACAAACUCAAAUAACAGACUGAAAGAGCUCUGGUUAAGGCUAAAAAUGAUUAUACCAAGAGAACACAUCAUCCACUCAACGAAUCCUUAUGUACGCAAAUGCUGUGGCUGUAUUCAUUUACGAAUUGGAAAUACUUUUUCAUGUUUGAUCUGGGCAGGACUAUCACUCUAUUUUGCCAUUUUGUCAUUUCAGACGAAGAGUCCAUUCUUUUCAUAUACAAGCGUACCUACAGCACUUUAUAUAUUUGGAACGAUUAACCUGGUCUUAUUUGGUGUCUGUUUAGGAACACUAUUUUGUUUAUUUCUAAGGUCAGAGAAUGGUGUCAGAGCAGCUGCUUAUAUUAUAGGCAUUAAUGUCUUCAUAUUAUUGGUUGACGUGUUUAUCAACACCAUCUUGUUUAUUGUUCAAAAAGGUACCUAUGUCGAAUGGUGCAUAACAGCUGCUUCAAGCCCACUCAACAACCAAUUACUCAGCGCUAGCCAAGGAGAACAACAGCAGUUCAACUUUGCUAUAAAGGACUUUUACAACUGCAAUCGUACCUGGGAAGACGAGCUCAAAUUUACAAUUUUAUGUGCAGCAUUAAUUAUUGUACUUUAUUCAUAUUGGACUUUUUGUUUAUUCUCGUAUGCAAUCAAGCUUCAAGUUAACACUAGAGCAGCUAUGCUUAAAUACUAUCAGCAAGGUAUGUUGCCUCAGGUUCCUAUGAUGAUGCCUCAUGUGAAUAACGGGGAUAUCAUUCUUUAA